UUGGUGUGUAGUAUUUUCAGUGCAGGACCAGAGUUGGCGUUCACAGUGGUUUUAGAACUGUGUUGUUUAAAACUAAGCGUAUUCCAUGUUAUUUACGUGACGGUAUAUGGACACCGAGUACAUACUACGUUAGAGGAAGUGCGCUAAUGUGUAAGGUUUUAAUGGGCAACGGAAACAGGUUUGUUUAAUUCUUCCAAUGAUGAGUAAAAAUCUGAAGAUAGUGACUGUUGGAGACGGAGGCGUGGGCAAGACUUCCCUGCUGGUGGCCUACACACAGGGAUCGUUUUCCGAUGUACACGAACCAACUGUUUUCGAAAACUACAGCGGGGAAAUGGUAUUCAGCGGAACGCACUACAAUUUCACGCUGUGGGACACGGCCGGCCAGGAGGACUACGACCGGUGCCGCGUCCUCUGCUACCCCGAGACAGACGUGUUCUUGGUGUGCUUCAGUGUCGUAAACAAAGCUUCUUUCAGCAACGUUCACGCGUCUUGGCUGCCGGAAAUCAGGCGGGAAUGUGGUGAUAAAGUGCCAGCUGUGCUCGUGGGCACGAAAAUCGACCUGCGAAAGAGCGCCGAGUCGACUGCAUCCGUAUCGAAGCGCGAGGGGCGUCGUCUCGCCGCUCGACUCGGCAUGAGGAGCUACGUCGAGUGCUCGGCCAAGACCGGCCACGGCUGCCAGCAGGCGUUCAGAACUGCCAUCGAGGCGGCGACAUCCAAACCGACUUGCGUCCUGCUCUGAUGUGACGCGGGCAUGCGUUAACAUUUGCAUUAUGUUUAAUGUAUCCGAAAGAGUUUAUGUUAAUAUAUGUUUGCGUUGAUUCUUUAAAGUAGUGAAAUAAAGUAUCAUAUGAAUAUGAACCUUUGUAGUUAAUUUUUAGUUGUCGACGGUGUCUCCGGAUAAUUAUUUUUUAGUAAUCCGGGGGAGAAUGGUUUACAUAUGUUAAACAAGAAAACACUCACAGAGCACAAAGCCCUUAUCUUCCUAAGACACAUUUAUUGAAAUAGUGACGCACAAAAAAUAUAUAACAAGCUUCGCAA